AUGCAUAAAUCAUAUAUUCAACAGAUACCACCUGGGAGGGCGAGCACCAAACUGAACACCGACGGGAGCUAUGUCCCGGCGACAGGCGCAGCAGGUGGAGGGAUGAUCCUCCGUGAUGAUCUUGGGCAGAUCAUCUUCAUGACAUGCAGGGAGCUCCGAGCAUGUGAUAACGCCCUUGUAGCUGAACUUGAGGCGUGUAAGGAGGGGCUGGACUUGGCGCUGCACAGGACCGAUCGGCCGAUUGUCGUCGAGAUGGACUCUUUGAAGGUGGUGGCCAUGUGCACGGCCGUUUCGAUUGAUCGCUCUGUCCAUCACAACCUCGUGCAGGAUAUCAAAAGACUGGCGACGGCGAAGGGACGGAAGGUCCAUUUUUCUCAUUGUAGUCGUUUUCAGAAUAAAGGGAACGCCGAGAUCAACCCGACCUUCAGUGCUCCCAACACCUCAGGUAACAAUUCCAAGAGCAGCAACAGCAGCAAUGCGACUGAUACAAGCACUUUUGGCAAGAGUUCUUCGUCGUCGGUGCCGCCGACUCCUCGGACCGAGAAGGAGAUCUUGCAGUCGUCCAACCUCCGCAAGUUCACCUUCAGUGAACUGAGAAGCUCCACAAGGAACUUCCGGACUGACAGCCUGCUCGGGGAGGGGGGCUUUGGCUCCGUCUUCAAGGGGUGGAUCGACGAGCGCACGUUUACGCCGGUCAAGCCCGGCACCGGGAUGAUCGUCGCCGUGAAGAAGCUCAAGCUGGACAGUUUCCAGGGGCACAAAGAAUGGCUGGCUGAGGUCAAUUACCUGGGGCAGCUAUCACACCCCAAUCUUGUGAAGCUCAUCGGGUAUUGCUUGGAGGACGAGCAGCGGCUUCUCGUCUACGAAUUCAUGCCGAAGGGUAGCUUGGAGCACCAUCUUUUCAGGAGAGCUCCACAUUUCCAGCCCCUCUCAUGGAGUUUACGGAUGAAGGUUGCUCUUGAGGCUGCCAGGGGACUUGCUUUCCUGCAUAGCGAUGAAGCUAAAGUUAUAUACCGUGAUUUCAAGACCUCCAAUGUUCUUCUUGACUCGGAAUAUAAUGCAAAACUCUCUGAUUUUGGCUUGGCAAAAGAUGGCCCGAGUGGCGAUAAAAGUCAUGUUUCUACUAGGGUCAUGGGGACUCAAGGAUAUGCUGCCCCUGAAUAUCUCGCAACAGGCCACUUGACCACGAAGAGCGAUGUCUACACCUAUGGUGUUGUUCUUCUAGAGUUGCUGACCGGGCAACGAGCUCUGGACAAGAACCGCCCGCCUGGACAGCAUAACCUGGUGGAGUGGGCAAGACCUUACAUCAACAGCAAGAGGAGGGUCAUCCAUGUCCUGGACCCACGAUUGGGGUCGCAAUAUUCGCUCCCUGCGGCGCAGAAGGCAGCGGCGCUUGCGAUGCAGUGCCUGUCAAUGGACGCCCGGUGCAGGCCGGACAUGGAUCAGGUCGUGACCGCGCUGGAAAAGCUUCCGGAGGUGAAGAAAACAUACAAUACACCGGCUUUGUAA